AUGGGUAAUAAACUAAGCUGCUCGUGUGCGCCGCUUAUGCGGAAAGCGUACCGUUAUGAAGAUUCUCCUUGGCAAGCAUCCCGACGCCGGGACGGCCAUCUCCUGAGGUUGUGGGCGGAAGUGUUCCACGUUUCGGCUAGCGGUGCCGGCACGGUCAAAUGGCAGCAGGUGUCCGAGGAUCUGGUCCCGGUGAACAUCACCUGCAUCCAGGACUCGCCCGAAUGCAUAUUCCACAUCACCGCGUACAACAGCCAGGUCGACAAGAUCCUCGACGUACGACUAGUGCAGCCCGGUACUCGCAUCGGACAGGCCUCGGAAUGCUUCAUCUACUGGAAAGACCCGAUGACGAACGACACCUGGGGUCUGAACUUUACAUCACCGAUCGAUGCAAAGCAGUUCCGUGAAUGCUGUUCGCCUUCUUUCAAAUUUUCACGAAAGGCCUCCUCAAGCUAUUCACUAAAACUUGAUCCACCUGGGAAGGGCAAGGUUAAGACGAAGAGGAAACCGCUCAGCACACCGGCGAGUCCGUCGCGCGCCCGGGAGCCGCAGUGCACCUGCAUGACGGCCGAGCAGUAUGCGCGCAUCCGGGCCCAGGAUCCACGGUACCGAGGCUCUUCAACGCUGCCGAGGGCCACGAACCGGGCCACGGAGACGGAAGCGCUGCGUAGCGAAAAGAUUGCGACGGCCACUUCCAGCACCUCACUGUACGACAAUGUUGGAGCAAACAAUACUCAGGGAAAUACGAUCAACACUCAAGAAACUGGCCACAGACAGACGAAAUCCCAAGAAACGAGCACGAUGACUAACGUCGGCACGGGAACGGCGGCCACCGUUACCCAGAACCACGUUGGAUCGCAGAUCGGUCAGGAGGAGUCGGGCGGCCCCAGUAUGGGCCAGCAGCGCCCAGAAGAGACCUCCAAAUCGGAAGGUACUCAGGCCGGCGGUACGCUGCAGCAACCGGAGCGUUCUACCAAGACCACCUCCACCGGAACUGGCACCAGAACGAAGGACUUCAACGAGGAGAUGCCCCGUGACCAACAUGAGAUGCAUCACAACAUCAUCAACAACAACACGGCCAGGCGCAAUAAGUCGAAGAGCACGGAAGAUAUGAAUGUUGACACGUCUACAAUGAAACGUAUGCUGAAGCCGAUGCCGAGUGCCGAGAGUCCCGUGACAUCUCCGGAGAUGGGCCGCCGCCGGUACAACUACUACAACUCUGCCACCAAUACGCCGCAUACGCACCAGCACGCUAUUCACAAUGCGCACAUGAUGAACAACAAUGGCACCAUCUCACGUAACGCCAGCCAAAGCUCCCGGUUCUCGGGCUCAAGAUCGUCGCACGAAAUAGGCAGAGGUCACCAACACGGUGGACGUGGGCUUUAUCUGGAGCUCGAGCGGGAGCGCAGCUGCGUGGAAGGCUCGCCGCCAUCGGAUAACGUGAUGUUCGACAAUCAGUGCUACGCUACCACGCCCAGCUCCAGCAACGGUAACUCGGAUCAGGAUCAGCCACCGUACGGAAGGCAGAGUGGUCGUCACUCGCAUCACCACCAGAAUCCCCCGAAUGUGACGCCUACACCGGGUUCACCAACAUCACGCUUGCUGCUGGAGUACGAGAUGCAUCUGCGUAACACGCUGGCGAAGGGCAUGGACGCGGAGUCCUACAGCUUGCACACGUUCGAGGCGCUGCUGUCGCAGAGCAUGGAGAAUCUCGAGCUGGCAGAAAGCCUGCCGGGAUCCAACCAGCGUAGCCCAUAUCCGAUGAGACGUGCGAGUGCCAAAUCGUCGACACUGCCGUUACCGCACCGUCUGGGUGGAACCGAGCGUCCGGUGCCGGUUCGGGAGCGGGACCGAGAGCGCGACGGAUACUACAGCGACCGGAACGAGCUGAUACGCGAACGGGAACGUGACCGAGAUCGCGACCGGGGUUAUCUGAGUGACCACAACUCGAACUACUCGACUACGCCACGCUGCGCCUCGUGCAUCGGCGAGUCGGCCAGGGCUCAGUGGUUCCGGCACUCGGAUGGAUGGCGCUCCGGUAGCUCGACGUUCGGGUCCGGCUCCGGUCCGGGACUGGUGUCUUCUCAGAGCACGGCCGGUGGUGCUGGUGGUGGAGGCGGUGGCGGUGGUGGCCAUAAGCGCUCCCCAUGGGACUCACUGCCGUCACUGCGCCAGGACUCGAGCCUGAACGAUUCCGGCUACAAGAGCAACCGGGCAGACUCUUUCGAACAGCGUGGAGUCUUCGAUCGACAAGAUAGCCUUCGCUCGGACUACAUGAGCGAUCGGGAGCCUCGCUACGGCAUCGUGCAGCAAGCAUCGAUCGACAGCACCGACUCGCGUCUCUGCUACUUGACUUCCUCUGAGAUAUCCGAUGAUGAUCGCAUGAGCCUGACGACGGCCGUCUCGGAUGAGGACGACGGGGAGAGUGUGAUGGCGUCACCGUACAAAGCGAAAGCAACAGGUACGGCGGCGGCGUCCUUCAACUGCACCGGAGCCGUCCGGA